AAGAUACAGUUUGAGAAAAGUAACAUUACUGUCCUCUUUAAAGUUCUUGCAUGUUUGCACAUUCAGUGGCCUACAGUACAAAGCAAAGCCUACACAACUCCAGUUUGUGCCAGGUCUCUGCAGGAAGCACAGGCUUACUGUCAGUCUGAUGGAGAUUAGAGCAGAACGUCUGACCUGAGGAGUCUGGUGAGGGACAAUUAAAUAAUAUAGACCUGCAAACAAUAGAGCAUGUCAGUUAUCCCCUUUGCUAAAACUGCCCUUAACUACACUGAUGUGUUGUGCUAGGCGCGUGAGGCUUAAUAAUGCAAACACACUAAUAGGAUCUGUGCUGGUGAGUAGAUCCAUAAAAAUAGAACAAUCCUGUGCAGGCACCUCACUCUAAUUUCUCCAACCAGAAAACCUGCUGCUUCUGUUCUGGAGUCUUGUGUUUUCAUAGUUGUCAAGACAAGAUGAAGAGGUUGUUUUUUCAAAUUCUUUGCAUCACUGGAUUCCUGCUCUCUGUGGCUGAUUCCACUCCACUGAGCGAGGACACGCUGCAAAAGCUGUCUGCAGCAGGAGAGCAGUGUGUCGAUGAGGAGAUAAAGAGGGCAUUACUCGGGGUAAAGCGGGUGAAGGAAACGGUGGAGAAAAAAGAGGAGAAGCACAGACAACUCAUGGACGCCCUGCGACACAGCAGUGACAAGAAGAAGGGGGCGAGGCAGCUGGUCUGGGAAACAGAGCUUAAACUAGAGGAGGCUGAGCAACAAUGUCAAGACGUGAUAAAGUCUUCCUUUGAGGAGUGUCGACCGUGUCUUGAAGAUGCUUGUAAGGCCUUCUUUACCUCUACUUGUCGCCGUGGCUUCGCCUCAUUCUCAUUUAAGUUGGAGGAGUUUCUAAGAAAAAUGGCCGCCCAGCUAGAGGCUGCAGAGCAUCUUUACAAAAACGAUGAGAACAUGGGUCGCACCAACUCACCUGAGACUGAAGAGCUGGAGCUUCUUCAGGCAGAUGCUUCCUUCAACCAGUUGCUGUCAAACACCAGCCUCCUGUACAACCAGAGCAUCAUGCUGGUGAAGAGAAAGCAACACAUGUUUGGGGAUUCCUUCCUGGAAGCUUUCACCACAGAGUCGAGACCCAGCCUGGUGUCAGUAAUGCAGAGUCCUGACUUCUUCACAAGGUUGGGAUUGGAUCACAUCCUCGGCUCUGUGUCUGAGUUUGGGAUGAACGUGCUGGAAGAACUCAGCUCCACAGUGACUAAUGUAUUUGAGGAGAUAAAGGAAGCAGAGGUGUACUUCCAACCACCAAGCACAGACGCAGGCUCCCUCUCUGCUUUGGGAAUGUCUGAGAGAAGAAAUCUUUGCAGACGUCUCCGCAGGCAGGCAUCAGAUUGCUGGCAACUCCAAAGUCUGUGCAAGGCCUGUGAAGAAUAUCUGUUAAAAGAGUGUCCCAGUUUCCAGCAGUUACACUCUGAGGUGGAAGAGAUGCACUUGCUGCUCAACGCCUCCCAGCAGCAGUACGACGAUACGCUGCAGUUGGUGCAGAGACACACAGCGGACACACAGAGCUGGCUGAUCAACAUGCAGGACUGGCUGUGUUGGGUCAGCCAGCUGUCAAACACCACAACAGGCCCCCACAACAUCUUCAGAGUGAUCACAGUGGAUCCGCAGCAACAGAUGGAGAACAUCAGGCCUAAAGCAGACAGCCUUGUGGUGGUAACAAUACUGGACUCUUCCCCAAUAACUGUCACAGUUCCAGCUGAGUUGGAGGUGGAGGACCCAGCUUUUAUCCAAUAUGUAGCUCAGGAGGCUCUAAAACUCCAUAAACGGCAGAUAAGAGGUAUUGAUCCCAGCAGAUAGGAGCUUAGGAGUUUAUUUGGCUCCCAAUUUCACCUGGCAGGGCACCAAAUUUGAUUCAAAUAUAAUUAAAUGUGAUUAUAUAUGGAAUAUUUAAGUUGACUUGCUGGCUUUGAUCCUACCCAACUGAAAAUAAUUCUUCGUUUUACUAUUUUUUUCUGCAAAUUAAUGGAGUAAUGUGGAUAAAACAGCAGUGAGACAAUACCAUUACCUAAAUUAUAGACAAAGAGUUCAUUUCUUUAACAGUAAAGCUGAUCUUUGUCAAAUUCAACUCUAAAUGCACAGUUAAUAUUCUUAGCGUUUUCAAUAUUUUUGCAAUAAAAGUGUACACUCUGCUUAAUUUAAUCAUUUUUGUAACAAAACUACAGCCUUACUGCAGCUCUUCAUUAUUUGGAACAAUCUGUAGUGUGGUCGAGAUAUUAUACAAUUUUAUUCAAAUCUUUUUGCAGGACGAAAAAGUUGAAAAUCUAGUUAACAAAAUGAUUUUGCUGGCAAAUUAUCCAGUCUGUGCUGACAUUUUAAUGUUGUUAUUCUAUGUGUAUUCUUUAAUUUGAUUGUAUUUGCAUUUCAUUUAUUCCUGUUUAUAGUUCAAUGUGAAACUAUCAUGAUAAUGAAUUGAUGUUUAGGUAAUGUAAGUAACUAAAAUGGCGUGA